GCGGCGAAGGGCGGAGGUUCCGCGGCGGCGGCGGCGCCGGGCGCGCUGCAGGGGCAGCCCGGCCGCCGCGGGGCCGCCAUGCCCGCCAAGUCCAAGUACAACCUGGUGGACGACCGGCACGACCUCCGCAUCCCCCUGCACAACGAGGACGCCUUCCAGCACGGCAUCUGCUUCGAAGCCAAGUAUAUUGGGAGCCUGGAUGUGCCACGGCCGAACAGCCGAGUGGAGAUUGUGACAGCCAUGCGGCGGAUCAGGUAUGAAUUUAAAGCCAAGAAUAUCAAGAAGAAGAAAGUGAAUCUCAUUGUGUCAGUGGAUGGUGUGAAAGUCAUUCUGAAGAAGAAGAAGAAGCUUCUUUCAUUGCAGAAAAAAGAAUGGGCCUGGGAUGAGAACAAAAUGCUUGUCAUGCACGAUCCCAUCUACAGGAUAUUCUAUGUGUCUCAUGACUCCCAGGACCUAAAGAUCUUCAGUUACAUUGCCAGGGAUGGGUCUAGCAAUGUCUUCAGGUGCAACGUCUUCAAAUCCAAGAAGAAGAGCCAAGCCAUGCGUAUUGUCCGGACAGUGGGCCAGGCAUUUGAGGUCUGCCACAAGCUGAGCCUGCAGCACACCCAGCAAAAUGCAGAUGGGCAGGAGGAUGGAGAUAGUGAGAGGAACGGGGACGACCUGGAUGUCCCAGCCUGUCGCCUCACCGGUGCAGAGCGGGCAGCCGCCUCGGCAGAGGAGACGGACAUCGAUGCUGUGGAGCUCCCACUGCCCGGAGCUGACAUCCUUGACUUCAGCCGUGGCGUGACUGACUUGGAUGCUGUGGACAAGGAGGCAAGUGCAUACACUGAUGCCAACGGCUGCCUCCUCCCUGAAGAUAUCCUGACAGCAUCGCCUAAGAUGCUGCUGCCCUCAUCUGCGCAGCUUCCUGACCUGGGAACACCCCUUUCUGCUCACCACCAGAUGCAGCUCCUCCAGCAACUCCUGCAGCAGCAACAGCAGCAGACACAAGUGGCUGUGGCACAGGUCCACUUGCUGAAGGACCAGCUGGCUGCAGAGGCAGCAGCGCGGCUGGAAGCCCAGGCUCGCGUGCAUCAGCUCCUGCUCCAGAACAAGGACUUGCUGCAGCACAUCUCACUCCUGGUCAAACAGGUGCAGGAGCUGGAGCUGAAGCUUGCGGGGAACACCACCACAGGCUCCCAGGACAGCCUGCUGGAGAUCACCUUCCGCUCAAAUGUCCUCCCUGUCCUCUGCGACCCUACCACCCCGCAGCCCGAGGACACCCACCCGCCGCCGCUGGUCUCUGGCUCAGGCUUCCCCAGCACCAUGGGCAGCCCCAUAGUGGACCAGAGCAUGUUUGAGAACGCCAGUGCCAGCACAGCACCCACCCCACGGCCACAUCACGGCCCUGCUGCAGCCCUGCUGCAGCCCUCCCGCCCUGCCGGCAGCCAGCACCUCCGCAACCUGGGCAAGGCCAUGGGGGCCAAGGUGAAUGAUCUCCUGCGCCGCAAGGAGCCAGGUGGCCUCCCUGUUGUGGGAGUGAUGGAGGUGAAUGCCAGUGCUGGUGCCAUUCUGGGCAUGGGACAGCCGGCUAGUGAGGAUGGGGCUGUGGGGCUGGAUGUUUUUCCCCGGCUAGACCCCCCGCCCCCCGUCACCAAGAAGCGGACACCACGUGCCCUGAAGACCCCGCAGGACAUGCUCAUUGCUCCACAGCCAGUGGCGACCACCCCAACGAGCAGCAUGGAGGAGUCCCCUGAACCACCCACAGCCCACUCUGACCCCUCAGAGGAGCAGCCGGGGAUGAGGGACCCAUCCCCUCUAGAAUGCCUUGGGGUCCCCAGCAUGAUGGGCACCCCAGGUUCCAGUGAGGACCAGCCCACUGGUGCUCUUCCUGUGCCUGACCUCAUCCAUAAGGGCAACCUGGAGAGCCAGCGGCGAACGGGAGAGUCGCUUGGCACAGAGAAGUCCUCCCAGAGACCAGGGCUGGAGCAUGAGCCACUGGGGAGCACAGGGCGGCCAGAGGCAUGUUCCCCUGGCUGGGAGGUGGAGGGGCCUCAUCCUGACUUACUGUCAUUUGAGUAGCAGUGGGGGAGCCACAGCAGGGGCACUGUGGGGGCUGGCUCUCCCAAGCAGCCACAUGCUGACCCCAUGUCUUUUUGGGGUCAUUAUUUUGGAGAGGGGGAAUCCCCAGGGUGGCAGAAGCCCCUGCUGCCCCAGUCUGGGGUGCUAGAGCAUCCCACUUCUUCCCAAAUUCCCAGGAGGGGCACAGCCUGUCCUGCUAUGACUUCUGCAGCCCCAUCCUGGGUUUAUUUGCCAUGGUCUGUGCAAAGCUUCCAUCCCGCCACAGUGCUUCCAUCCUGUCUGCAGCCAGGAACCAUGCUGGGCUGGGGACCAAGGGUUGGGGUCACUCAGCAGCCUGGGUGCUUGUCCAUGGGUGCACAAGCACCAGCCUGCCCCCAACCCUGUCCGCUCUGCCCGGCCAAGUGUCCCACACUGUGCUGGCUUCCCUGGUCAGGAGGAUUUCCCAGCUUAUGCUAUGUGCUUGCUGAGAUACCCUGUCCCAGGGUGCUAGUGGGCUUACUCACACCUGUAGUCUAGUGCCAGUGAGCCAGGAUGGCACCUUCUCCAGGUGCCAACCCUGUAGCAUUGUUCUGCCCAGUGCCAUCUCUCUGCACCUGAGCCCCAGUUUUGGGGAACCCACUUGCAGAGUGAGUUUUGCUGGGGAGCAGGGCUGUGGGGCUGCAUGGCUGCUGACCACUAGGCUCUGGCUGAGAGCUGAGCCUCCCUGUGAGACUCACCUCUAGCUCCUGCUUGUUUCCUGGUCUCACCCCAGCCACCAUGGAAAGGGCUGGCCUGCCCAGGCAGGCAGCACACUGUGUGGGCCAGUGCCACCGUUCUUCUUUAUUUGUUGGCAUGGUGAUGUCUUUGUGAAAUUGGGACACAGGAAGCCAUAUGGUCCUCCAAUACUGCUAUAUGAUUGUUUCCCCAUGAAUUACAGCCCGUGGAUCCAUGGGCUGGUGCAAGGAAGCAACUGUGAGAUGGCAGUUUUUGCUUAGACCUUUUAUGUGCAUUCUCACCACAAAGGUGGUUUGAGAGGAAAAGCUCCGAAGACCACAUUUGAGCUGGAGGAGGCUAGGGAGUCAUGGAUGGGGCACCUCUGCUCACAGCUCCUCUGGUGCCAUGCAGGACACUUGUGCCAAAGAAAUGUCUUCCACCACCCAAAGCCAUGCUUGUGGUCCUUCUGAAGGAUGGAGGCCGUGAGUAUGAACCCCUUUGCUUUGGGAGCAGUCAACAUGCCUGUUGGCAUGGUGGAUGCUGUGGCAGCACUGGGGCUCUGCAGCUCUCAUCCCCUGGGAAGGCCCUGCCGGAGAUGAAGGAGACAUCAGAGACGCACAGAGGCUGCGGCCAGCCUGUGGCCAGUGCUAUGGUGUAACACACCCUGUGUAUAAUGCGAUUACACUGUGUGUGGCUGAUUCCACCCCACAAACAGAAAUCUGUGUGAGUAUGUAUAUGUGUAUGCUGCCUAGGUCUAUACUGCAUUGUUUAUGUAGAUGGAAAAAAGGGCUUGUAGCUCUUCUUUGAAGAACCAGCAUCUUCCAACCCUACCGAUCACAAGGGAACCUCACUGCUGGUCCAGUCCCUCUAUUUAAUUUGUGUAGAGUGUCUGUGUAGUUUGGGACAAAAGAUGCAGAUUGCACAAUAAA